ACCCAAUUCGUAAACUAUGUUUUAGAGUGAGCAUAAACUGAAACCUUUCCACGGCGCGAGAGUUUGUUUCGUCGGCUUUCCACCUGAAGAAGAAAAGCAUAUGACCGAGGUGCUGCUGCUGUGUAAUGGAGGUGAAGUCACUAGUAUAGAUGAUAUCUCGUGCACACAUGUGAACCUGACCACGUGCCCAGACGGAACACCGCUAGGGGCCCAAAAGAGACCUAAGAAAAACCUGUUCACCAGGACAUUCAGCUCGUCGAAGUUCAGUCGGAAAUCGAGAAAGACUCUCGAAUUGAACGCCACUCAAUUGUCGUUUGGUGAACCGAGCGCGGUUGACGGCAAAGAUAAGUUGAAUGCCAGUUGUUUCCCUGACAUUUCCCUGAAUCCUGUUCCUACUAACAAUCAUAAGCUUAGCUGUGACAUUGCCGGGGCGUCGAGGAGAACUUCUGUAGCUGCUGUUGCGGUCGUGGAUGAAUCUACUGUAGCUGACAGGCUAGAAGGACCUGCUAAAGCAUGGGUGGUCAAAGCUGAAUGGUUCUGGACGUCAGUACAGAAGGAAAUUAGCUUGGGAGAAAAGGAAUAUUUAUUUGAUGACGUAAGUAACUUUUAG